AUGGGCAGGACAUUGAUGGAUCCACGACCAACUGGUUCAAUUGGGUAUUCAAGCAGAGACCGAGGGAGGUCAUAUUCCGGAGCUAAAACUCGAGCUACCUCAGUGGCAAGUGUGGGCAAUGUAGGAAACACCAGACCUGAAUGUCAACAGUGUGGUUCCCAAGAGCAUUAUGUAAAAGAUUGCCCUGAGAGAAUAGAGGAAGAAAAAUUACAAAGAGCUGGAUCGGGUGAUAUUGUCAGUAGAGGCAGACCACCGAGAAAUGUGGGGAGCAAAGCCAGUGGUAAAAGUGUGAUAAAAGAUGCAGCUGGAGGAUCAGAAACUAGAGCGCCUGCCAGGACUUAUGCCAUACACGCUCGAGCGGAUGCCUCAUCUCCCGACGUGAUUACUGGUACAUUUUCUCUUCAUGAUAUUGAUGUUAUUGCUUUGAUUGACCCUGGCUCUACUCAUUCAUAUGUAUGCGUGAAUUUGGUAUCUAGUAAGAAAUUGCCUGUUGAAAACACUGAAUUUGUAGUUAAAGUAUCAAAUCCUUUAGGCAAAUGUGUCUUAGUCGAUAAGGUCCGCAAGAAUUGUCCCCUGAUGAUUCAAGGUCACUGUUUCCUGGCUAAUUUGAUGUUGUUACCAUUUGAUGAGUUUGAUGUUAUUUUGGGGAUGGAUUGGUUGAUAUUGCAUGAUGCUAAGGUGAAUUGUAGACAGAAAAUCCUUGAAUUAAAGUGUGAAAACGGUGAAAUUCUCCGGGUUGAAACAGAGGAGCCGAAUAAAUUGCCUAUGAUGAUUUCGCACAUGUCUGCUCAGAAAUACUUGAGAAAGGGAUGUGAAGUUUAUCUUGCUUAUGUGCUGAAUACUGAUAUAACUGGGUCAAAGCUUGAAUCAGUGCCGGUAGUCUGUGAAUUUCAAGACGUAUUUCCAGAGGAAUUGCCUGGGUUACUUCCGAUUAGAGAAGUUGAGUUUUCUAUUGACUUGUUACCUGGUACUGCACCGAUUUCUAUUGCACCGUCUCGAAUGGCUCCGACUUAG